UCAGCGGAAAAACAGUGAAUAUGAUUUCGUUUCAUUCUCAUUUUUUCGGAGUUACUCGAAGAAAAAGUUUCUCGCAAUAGCUACGAAAUAAUCUAAUAUCAGUCUUUAUGUUAAUUAUAUCCUUCUUUCUAGAGGCGAUUGUGCCAAACAUAAUCGACAAAGAAGAAGUGGCCGCAGCUAACGCAGCCGGGACGAAGAGAUACGACAACGUAAUCCAGCAGAUUUUGCUCACCAAAUUCGCCCGGUCGUACAGCUGUUGAGGAUUAUCGUCUUUCUACUAUAUCAUACUUAUUCUAAUUGUCUGUUUCGUCUAUGCAUAGCAACACUAUCAUGUGCGGUUGGUGUUUAUUGUGUACUCCUGGUGCUACUGCGGCAAACAACCACACUAAUGUGCCGAACUACGAGGAAUAUUGAGUAAGGCGUCUAACAAACAACAAAAAACGGGAAAGUCGGGAGUGUCGGGGGGGGGGGGGUAGUUCCUUUACGGGUAUAUCGGAGUAGUAUAAGGGUAUUCUGCGAUCAGAGGCUGCGGGAUCCAGUGACGCAGAAGUGACGUUCUUGCAGCAGCCCUGAUGUAAUUUCGGUUGAUUAAGCUGCGCACAGUUUGCUUUGGAGAUCCGACACAACGUUAACUAAGAAGUACUGGAGUGUAGAGCUGCUGCGGUGCAUUGGUGUCGUCAUGCAGAAAUAUGAACGGCUCGAAAAAAUUGGUGAAGGAACGUAUGGAACGGUGUUUAAAGCCAAGAAUAAGGAAACGCAAGAGAUUGUGGCCCUUAAGAGGGUUCGGUUAGACGACGAUGACGAGGGUGUACCGAGCUCUGCUUUGCGUGAAGUGUGUCUUCUGAAGGAGUUGCCGCACAAAAAUAUUGUUCGCCUGCACGAUGUGCUUCAUUCGGAGAAAAAGCUCACACUUGUUUUCGAGCACUGUGAUCAGGAUCUUAAAAAGUACUUCGAUUCGUUAAACGGGGAGAUUGAUCCCGAUGUUGUACAGUCGUUCAUGUACCAGCUUCUUCGAGGGCUGUCGUUUUGUCACAGCAAUAAUAUUCUACACCGUGAUCUUAAGCCACAAAAUUUACUUAUUAAUAAGAAUGGAGAACUGAAGUUGGCGGAUUUUGGCUUGGCGCGAGCGUUUGGAAUCCCAGUGCGCUGCUAUUCGGCCGAGGUGGUGACUUUAUGGUAUCGACCACCCGACGUACUCUUUGGAGCUAAAUUGUACACAACCUCAAUUGAUAUGUGGUCCGCGGGAUGCAUCUUUGCCGAACUGGCUAAUGCGGGCCGACCGCUGUUUCCUGGAUCAGAUGUCGACGAUCAGUUGAAGCGCAUAUUUAAGCUUCUCGGCACACCCUCUGAAGAUACGUGGCCCAAUAUGAGCAAGCUGCCUGAAUAUAAAGCGUUUCCGAUUUACCAUCCAACAACUAGCUUUUCGCAAGUGGUGCCCAAAUUAAACCCGAAGGGGCGAGAUCUUCUUCAGAAAUUGCUCGUAUGCAAUCCCCAGGGAAGACUCUCGGCCGACGAGGCCAUGCUCCACUCGUACUUCCACGAUUUGUCUCUUACAACUCAGCAAACUCUUCCUGGCGUAUAGCUUUGUGCGUGUAGUUUAUCGAGCCAGCCUAUUAUCAACGACAGUUACAGAGAUCAGAUGUAGGAUUGGAGAAGAAUGUGUCCUUCGUGCUUUGUAAAAUCAGAUGCACGAUGCAUAACCAAAGGUGCAAACCAGACUAUCAGCUUAUACAGCAGCGGGGUGCCACGGACAGCGGUGUUUGCUAACCCUGAUAGUGGAGGUGCAACAUUACGUACAAAAGGAGCAGUCUAGCCGACUAACUUCAUAACGAUAAAACUGAAGUUGAUAGUGCAGUAAUGUGCGUUUUCGCUUAUGCGUUUCCCUAAUUCUGUCAGCCAGGUGGAUUCAGUACCGCCUUUCUUCUCAUGACUGUUAUAUGCGGUACAAAACGUAUUCGGCAUUCGCCCGGCUACGUCCAUGAAGAACGAAACGCAUAAAAGUGUAUCUCUUCAUCGGAAACGUUUUACAUAAAAUAUUCAUGCGCAUCAUACAUUACACAGAGGGAAACUUUGUGUGUUAGGCCAAAAUUACGGCAUAUAAAAGAGGAUUUGCGACUGCGCUGGACUUUCGGAUUCAACAUUGACGCUCCCUCACACAAAACAACGCUUCAGGUCUAUUGAGACAGGUCCCGUUUGGAUGCUAGUGAGUGCUGAGGCUAGAAGUAUUUAUCGGCAAAAAGCAUUGCCUGGCAGAUAACUACCUAGCUGACUGGACCUAGAUAUAAUCGUGAGCAAGGAAAAGUGGACAGAAGGCACUGAUUAAGCUAGAAGUUAGCAAGCAAGCAUCUACGAUAGCACUUUCCCCUGCUUUAUUUAUCAGAGGGUUAAUUCGCUGUGUUAUGAAAGCAAAAACGGUAUAUAGGUCUUUUAGUAGCAAACAAAUUAGGAAAGCAAGAAGCAGAGUCUAAUUAAUGGUAAGCUAAUUGACACUCGAUAAAAGCACAUGUACAUGUAUACAACCUGUUUCCCUUUCACUGUGAAUUCCGAGAUAUAACUGAUAAUUAAAUAAUUUGUCUUGUGAACACCUGAGGAUGUUUGUCCGUGGCUUGUCCACGGUUACCUCAAAGAGAGUGAUGUGGUUUCUGUGAAUAGUUUACACAGCUCAGCUCUAGACCAGUUGCUGAACUAGUUUUGACUGAUAAUGACUGUGUGUGUGAAUGACUCAUGGAAACAAAAAUUAAUAAUGACAAUUCCGUAGUGAUUUAAGUUUGAUAAUAUCCAGAACUAUAGGACUCCUGCUGCCGUGUCUAAAUUUGACAGCCACCAUGCCCACAAAGAUAAAUCUAUUUUAUAGAUACUAAAAUAAAUAUAAAUUGAUUUAAUAGUAUAUGGCACCAAUUCGAGGGGACGAUACAGUACCUCCCAGUCUGACUGGUGGUGUGAGUCGAAUAAUGGAAAAUCGCAUCUUCUGUCUCCAGGGAGAAAUAAAUGUCCUUUCGCGUGGAUAUGCUACCUAUAUAUCCAAUACAUAGUAAUGAUGAAAUGAAUCAUUAUAAUAUAAUUUAGUAAUUAUAGUUGAAUACAAAAUAGGGAAGAAUCUAAAAAUGCGAGACAGGUUAGUGGGCAGGGAGUUUGCAACGCGUGAAUGAAAUACGGAAGUGAAAUAAAGUAUGUUUAAAUAAACUGAAUAAAGAUGUUUUAAUUAUUUUACAAACUUCAUAUGGACAUAUGAUGGAUGUUAAAUGGAAGCUAGAUUUGUUAGAAGCUGUACAGGUCACGAGAAUAUAAAGAAUAAACUCGUUUUAACGGAUCAGUCCUGAAGCAAACUUUUUGCACAGCUAGAUACACCCAUGCACAGAUGGACAUAAUUUUCCUAGGUUUUCUGUCAUUUUAAUUUCAGAGACGAUUAUAAAGAGCAAUUAAUUUGCACUGGUAUUGUCGGAAGGGAAAAGGGCCGUUGCUACAUGUUGAUAACUGAUUGAUGAAUGCAUUAUUGCGAGAUGCCUAGAGAAGAUAGCCUAUCAGAAUCAAUAGUUAAGAAAUGCAUGAGUAUAAAAUGGUAUGAAAAAAAUUAUUCAAUUGUUUUGUUAAUAAAAUAUAUAAUACGUCAUGUUUUCCGUGCAACGGACAUUAUCUACCUUGAACUAAGAGCGUCAUGUGUAUGUGUAUUUCCUUUACGCAUGAUAUUUACA